AUGGGGUUUUUGGCAGGGGGCGCCGGCGGCGAGGGCACAAAUGAGGAGAAGAUGGGGGCGAAUUGGGAGCCGGUGUGGGGGGAGGUACCAGACUACGAGAGAAGGAGGAUGAGAGGGUGCCAAAGACGAAGAGCCGAGGUGGCGGGGCCGGUGGCCGGGGUGGUGCCGGCAGCGGGGGCAGCCGAGGUGCCGGAGUGGGAGCUGGGGGAGGAGGCGAAGCUGGUUGUAGUGGAGGAGGAGGAGCCUUGGCAACUUUACAUAGAGAAGAACCUGGAAAGAUAUAAAUUACUCUCGCAGCAGUUGCCAUGGAACACAGUUCCACCAUGGACGAGCAGCGCAACAAGAAACGAUCAGGAGUUUCAAGAUGGAAAUAUGGCAGCCCAUCCAUCGGAACCUCCUCUACCCACACCUCCUCCACUGAUGCAAUCGCAGAACACAAUUCCACCGAGGAUGAGCAGCACAGCAAGGAACGAUCAGGAUUUGCAAGAUGAAAAUAUUGUUCCAAGAGUUGGGAAGACCUUUCAGUGUGAGGAAGAGGCAUAUCAGUUUUACAAUUCUUAUGCUCAAACCAAAGGAUUCAGCAUUAGGAAGUGCCACCUUAAGCAUAGAGGAGAUGGGACUUUAAGUUCUAGAUAUUUUGUUUGUAGCAAGGCAGGUGUGAAGGGCACUCAUCCGACACAUGUAGCCAAGAAAGAACAAGCUAAUUCGAGAACUGAUUGCAUGGCUCGUGUUCAAUUCAGCAUCACUCGGGAGGGUAUUUGGAAUGUGCAGAAAGUCAUGCUCGAUCACAAUCAUCAGCUUGUAAGUCCAGAUAAGAGGCACAUGCUUAGAUCGCAGCGUCAACUCUUAGAUGCCGAUCGCCAUAUGAUUAAGCAGAUGAGGACAUCGGGAAUUAAACAAGCUGAAAUAUAUGAUUUCUGUGAGCUUUGGUAUGGUAAAGAUGCAGUACCCUUCUUGCAAAUGGAUUGCAACAAUUUUUUACGAAGUGAGCGCUCAAAGUAUUUGGAAACCAAAGAUGCUCAAACAUUAACAGAGUAUCUAAAGAACAAGCAAGCUGAGGACCCUUCGUUUUUCUACGCCAUGCAACUAGAUGAUGAUGAUGGCACAAUAAUGAAUAUCUUCUGGACCGAUGGACAAGCUAUCAUGGAUUACUCUGUCUUUGGAGAUGCCAUUUCCUUUGACACCACAUUUUCAACAAAUAAGUUUCAAAUGCCAUUCGCUCCGUUUAUUGGUGUUAAUCAUCACAAACAGACUAUUCUUUUUGGUGCAGCACUCUUAUAUAAUGAAACUGCAGAUACCUUUGAGUGGGUUUUUAGAACCUUCCUACAAGCUAUGUCUGGUAAGCAGCCUGAAACAAUAUUCACCGAUCAAUGUGCUGCCAUUAUAAAUGCUAUUGGAAGGGUUUUUCCGGAAACACGACAUCGUCUUUGUUUAUGGCAUUUGUACCAGAAUGCCGCUAAACAUCUAAGCCAUGUAAUUAGCGACCAUCCUUUGUUCCUUAAAGAAUUCAAAAGAUGUGUGUAUGAAGAUAGAUCAGUGGCACAUUUUGAGAAUAGAUGGCAUGAGCUCUUGGUUAAGUACCAGAUUGGGGGAAAUUCUUGGAUAAACAAUCUGUACAAGUUGCGUGAGAAGUGGGCUACUAUUUAUCGUCGGGAGUCUUUUAGUGCAGACAUGACAUCAACACAAAGGAGUGAAGGAAUGAACAAUGUGUUCAAGAAAACUUUCCGCAAAAGAUUAUGCCUUUCAGAAUUGAUACAAGCAUAUGAGAAGUGCAUUGCUCGUCUUCGCCGGAAAGAAAAAUACGAAGACUACAAGUCACGCCAUACCAACCCAGUACUCUGCCUACCUAGCCUACCUUUGUUGAAGACUGCAGCGGAAUCAUAUACCAGGACGCUCUAUUCCGAGUUCGAAGAAGAAUUCAAGAAGCAAUUUAGUUUGUCAUGUAUUUUGCUGAGCACUGAUUACACAGUUAGCACUUACAAGUUGACAUCUUUUGAAUACAAGAAUGAUGAAGCCAUAGUGGCUUUUAAUCCAACUACUUUGGAGAUAUGGUGUUCAUGCAAGUUGUAUUGCUGUAUAGGUAUAUUAUGCAAGCACACUCAUAAGGUUUUGACCUGCUGCAAUAUCAUCACCCUGCCAAGUCAGUUCAUAUUGAACAGAUGGACAAAACAUGCAAAACAAGAAAUUUUUACUUCCAAACCGAAUACCGAUGAUAGCCUAGACUCUAUGUUUGCACAUAGUUCUCGAAAAAUGAUGUCACUUGCAUUGAAGUGUAAAACUUCGAAGGAGGUUCUUACAUAUCUGAACGUUGGUAUUGAUAAGUUGGCUUUGGAAGCACAUGAAUUACUUGGCAAUCUAAACUUAGAUGAGGAUGAGGAUUCUGAAAGUUCCUCCGAAAUGAAUGAAUAUGUUGCCAAGACAAUGGUGCCAUUCAAAGCUCCUGAACGAAUAAAAGGUCCAAUGAAAAAAAGAUCAAAAGAUGUUCUAGAGGGAGCAAAGAAAGGGAAAAAGAAAGGAAAAGGUACAAACCAUCCAGCAAAGGAGUCCGUGCUUGUUCCACCUACAAUUGGCCCUUCAGAAUUCGCCGGUGCCACUAUAUUCAUCAGGAUGGUCAAUCCUAAAGUGCAGUCAUAUUUUGCAAAAGAGUCAUGUCAGUCCAGCCGCGGGGGAGAGCACCGGGGGCAGCGGCCACAGUUGCGGCCGCGGCGAGCGAGCUCGAGAAGCGCCUCAGCCGCCGCGAGCGAGCUCGAGAAGCGCCUCAAGGGAGAGCAGCCGAGGCAGCGAGGGCGAAGGCGGCGGGGCGGCUCUGGCUGCCGCGGCGAGCGAGCGGAAGAAGAUAAGGGAAAUUGGGUUUUCGUGGUGGAGCGACAGAAUAUCAAUCACUUUGCCAUGGAGAGCGUUCCAUUGCUGGCGUAUAGGCCCGGGAAGAAGCGAGCAUUGGCGAGGGAAGUGGCGGAGGAGUCCAAGAAGCUGUGGGGGAUCGUCGGCCCUGCCAUGUUCAUGAGGCUGGUGCUCUACAGCUUCGACAUCGUUAGCCAGGCCUUCGCAGGCCACAUCGGCGAGCUCGAGCUCGCCGCCUUCUCCAUCGCCAGCACCGUCGUCUCUGGACUCACCUUCGGCUUGCUGCUCGGAAUGGCGAGCGCUCUGGAAACGCUGGCCGGCCAGGCCUUCGGCGCCAAGCAGUACGCCAUGCUCGGCAUCUACCUGCAGCGCUCGUGGAUCGUCCUCCUGCUCUCCGCCGCGCUCCUCCUCCCGAUGUACGUCUUCGCGGCCCCGCUGCUGGCCGCCAUGGGCCAGCCGGCCGAGGUGGCGGGCCUGGCGGGCCAGCUCGGCGUGUGCAUGCUCCCGAUGCACUUCGGGUUCGCCGUCCUCCUGCCCAUCAACAGGUUCCUGCAGAGCCAGGGAAAGAACUGGGUCAUGGCGGCCACGGCGCUGGCGUCCUUCCCCGUGCACGUGGCCACCACCUGGCUGCUCGUGGUCCGCUUCCGCUUCGGGGUGCACGGCGCCGCCAUGGCCCUCAACGUCUCCUGGGGGCUCAGCCUGGUGGUGCAGCUCGCGUACGUCGUCGGCGGCGGGUGCCCCUUGACGUGGACCGGCUUCUCGAGGUUGGCGUUCGCUGACCUCUCCGGGUUUAUCAAGCUGUCCCUGUCAUCUGGUGUCAUGGUAUGCUUGGAGAAUUCAUACUACAAAGUGCUGCUCUUGCUCACAGGACACCUCAAGAACUCUCAGCUUGCUGUGGAUGCCCUUUCUAUCUGCAUGAGUUUUCAGGGAUGGGAGAUGAUGAUUCACAUGGCCUUCUUAGCAGGCACUGGGGUGAGAGUUUCUAAUGAGCUUGGCGCGGGCAACGGGAAAGGCGCGCGGUUCGCGACCAUCGUCUCGACGGCGAACUCCUUUCUGAUCGGCCUCUUCUUUAGCUUGCUUGCACUCGCCUUCCACGACAAGAUCGCGCUCGUCGUUUCAUCAAGCAAAGCUGUGAUCGACGCGGUGGACAACCUCUGCGUUCUGCUGGCCAUUAGCAUCCUCCUAAAUGGCGUCCAACCUGUCCUUUCAGGAGUUGCUGUUGGAUCAGGGUGGCAAACACUAGUGGCUUAUAUAAACGUAGGAAGCUACUACAUCAUUGGAGUUCCUGUUGGACUCCUGCUGAGUUGGCUCUUCAAUCUUGGAGUUCUUGGGAUUUGGGCAGGGAUGAUCGGUGGCACUGCAGUUCAGACAAUAAUUCUGGCGUAUAUUACCAUGAGAUGUGAUUGGGACGAAGAGGUCAUUUCUUUGUCCGGCCCUCAGUUUUAUAGUCAAUCAGUCAUCAUAACAUUGACUUGUUGGAAUUAUGCAGGCUUCUAAAGCAAGUAAGGGCUCCUUUGAUUCAAAGUAAUUCUAUAGGAUUUUUGAAGGAUUGAAAUCCUUAGGAAUUUUUUCUAUGUUAGCCCUUUGAUUCAUAGGAUUAGAUCCCAUAGGAAUUUUUUCUAUGAAAUCUUUUGCACUACAUUUCAUAGGAAAUCUAACAUUCACUCCAACCUUUCUUUACAAUUCCUUUAUUUUUCAUGUGGCAUCAAACGCUCCUUGCUAAUCUUAUAGGAUUCAAAUUGACAUGUCACUCCAAUCCUAUACUUUUCCUAUUCCUACAUUUUCAAAAUCCUGCGAAUCAAAGAGGCCCUAAACACAUCCAAAGAUGGGCAGGUUCCAAAUGAGUUGGAGUGCCAAUGCCCUCAUCUCAAGGAGCGGUUUAUCAAGAUUAUCCUAGAUGGCCAUUUUCUGAAUGGAAGUUUUAGUUGAAUUUUUGUCAUGUAGUAUCAAGAUGGAUCCGUACGUGAUCCUUACUACAGCAUGCGAAAGUGCGGCAGCUUAUGGACUAUGGGUGCAACCAAUGAGAGAUGGUAGUAUGGGACACGUACAACCGGCUUGUAUGGCGGUUCAAAUAUUAGGCUAUGUGUGUAUAGGCAUAUGUUUCUAUUUUCACGU